ACUGAAUUACGUCAAAAUCGAACAACUCAAAUUCAAGGUUGCGGCUGUGCGCAUGUUUUUUAAAACAAGCUACAUCCGACUAAAUUAAUUAGUCACCUCGUUUGAUGUUGAGCCGAUCGUUCCGGCAUUUGUCGGCUUACUUGUACAAAAUGUUGCCUGAAGUUGUAUUCGUACUCGGAGCACCCGGGGCUGGCAAGGGAACCCAGUGUUCAUAUAUUUCCAAGGAGUAUGAUUUCGUUCACCUUUCUGCUGGUGAUCUGUUACGUGAGGAGAGACAACGACCUGGCUCCGAGUAUGGAGAGAUGAUUGAGGAAAAGAUUCGAAAUGGAGAAAUCGUCCCCGUCGAGGUUACGUGUUCACUUAUUCAUAAAGCUAUGCAAAAGUCCGGCAAAUCGCGAUUCCUUAUCGACGGCUUUCCACGUAAUAAAGAUAACCUGGACGGAUGGGAUCGUGUGAUGUCGGACAAGACGAAACUCUUGUUCGUAUUAUUUUUUGAAUGUUCGCGAGAUAUAUGCACGGAGAGGUGCCUGGGGCGGGGCGCGGCAGGCAGCGGCCGCUCCGAUGACAAUUUGGAAAGCUUGCAGAAGAGAUUUAACACGUAUAUAAAUGACACCAUGCCUAUAAUCAACCACUAUGACCAGUUGGGUUUGGUAAAGAGAGUAAAUGCUGAGUCGGUUCCAAUGGAAGUGUUCCAAGAUGUCAAGAAAGCUUUUGACGGCGCUGGACUCCAGAGGAUAGCUAAUUAAAUGCAGUGUGCUUAGACCAUCGUUUGAGUGAUUGUGUCAUUAUUUGCUAUGACAUGUUGCUCUUAGCGUCCAUAUAAAUGGCACAUUCUCUAGAAGCCAUGAGUUUAGAAUAAGAGUAAAAUUUGCUUAACUUUGCAAGUCUCAAAAUUAGAAGAAAAACCUUGGUAGGCAACAUAAAACUUAAUAGAUAUGUCAAGAUAUUUGUAUUAGUGGAACUAUUAUUUGGAAUACCUAUGAAUUAUUAGUUAACAGUUACUUGAGGUUUUUACAUUUUAAUAUAUUUUCAUGUGAUGUAACUAUGAAAUAUUCCUAAACACCAAAUGUUUGCCCUUAGUUAAUGUGUAAAUUAUAAUUAGUCAAAAUUUAUAAAUACUUAAUGUUAAUAUAAGUUGAAAUGUAGGGAAAUACACAGCGGAUAUGAAAAAAUCAUUUAUUUAAAAUAAAUGUAGUGAAAUACAGAAAAUAUUUGUUACUUUAUCUACUUUGUAGCAGUAUGAGGUGGCAAUUUUUAAUAGUUUAUGUAAGAAUGAGUCAUCAAGAUUAGUUAAAUUAAUAAUAUCUAUGUAAAAAAUUGUCUAUAAGUAGAUAUGAUA